GUAGCCCCAGGAGGAAGAUGAGUAACCCGCAGCUAGGAUUGCUAAAUCAUGGCAACAUUCAUGGAACGGUUAGCUUUUCUCCAGAAAGUGCCCACCCUGAUGAAGGCUACGGCAGAUGAUGAAAACCCUUGUCCUGGCUACCUGUUCCAAGAGAUUGGAAAAAUCUCUCAUGAGUCUUCAGGUUGUGGUCAGUGUUUGUUGGAAUACCUGCUGGAGAGGCUACAAGUAGAGUCCUGUCAUGUCAAACUCAAGGUGCUCAAGAUCUUUGUCCAUCUCUGUGGUCAUGGCUCAAACUAUUUCCUCACAGAACUCAGAAGAAACUCCACCUUUAUCCAGCAAGCGUCCGUUUACAGCGGCCCUCCUGAUCCCAUCCACGGCACGGCGCUGUACCAGAAAGUUAGGAACACAGCACAGGAGGUGGCCCGGUUACUUUUUACAGAUGCAGUUUCCACCAGAAGUGGCAUCUCUCCGUUCAGCCUCGCUCCCCCAACAAUGGGUAUGGGAUCGGCAUCUUCCCACAGGUCAGGAAUGCAGGGUUUUGGAUACAGUCCAGGGAAGCAGGCGACAGGUGAGCGAUGCACACUUCACCGUACGCACAAAUCAAAUCGUUCCGUGUGUAAAUGUCUGUUUCUCCCUUAUCUCUGUACCUGUUCCCUUCCAGUAGGCAGUGACUCAAUACUGGAUAAGAUCCAGAAAGCCGCCGAGGUAGUGGCCAGUGCCGUCCUCCCGCCGACUGAGCACCAGGGCAUCCGUCUCCAUGACAACCAUUACCGGGCCGUGGUGGCGCCUUCUGCACCGAUAGAGGUGGCCGUCCCAGCGUGCGCCUAUAACCUGCCUGCUUGUGGACCAAAAGCAGUGACCAAGCGGUGUCCAGGGCAGGUGGGAGGCGGCUGGGAGGAGACGGACAGCGGCAACAGCUCCUCUCACAACUCCUCUCAGGACAUCGCUGCCAACAGCAGGGCCUCGGUGGGCAGCAAGUCAGCUGGAACGGGGAGCCAGUCGGGGGCCAGCAGAGAGAGCAGCGGGGACCUAUCGGAGCGGGUGGAAGCCCUGCAGUUGGGGGACUGUGGUCAGGAGAUGGCACUCAUCAACAGACUGACUGAAGGCUCCAGAGUUUUCCUGUCCAGAGAGGAGAGCCAACUCUUUAUCAAGGAGUGCUUUAUUCUCAACUGUGAGGUCGUGGUGGAGUUACUCUCAAGCAAGCUUCAAGAUCCUUCAUAUACUAUUAAGAUGCGGGCGCUGUGUGCUGUCGCUUGCCUCAUGACCUCUGACCUUCUCUCUUUGGAACAAAUGUUUGGAGCUACACAACGCAGACUUCGCCAGCUGAGUGAAGGGCCUCCAGGACCCGUGGCAAACAAGGCCACCAAGAUCUUGCGACAGUUUGAGGCUCUGAUGGGCGGACCUCCACCUCCUACCAGGCAGGAUGCAGCGAGCAGUAACCAUCAGGCGACCAUUAAUCACACAUCUACAUACCCCGACAGUUUACUACCGACGCACUCGGCUGAAAACCUUCAACUUUAUCGGCCCGACAGCUCACCCGCAGAUGUCACCCCGACACCAAAUCGUCCAUCUUCCCCUUCUAGUGUGGACCCGGCUCAGAGCAGCUCCACGGGGGAGCUGACGGAUAAUGAGGAGCGAGAAUUAGUGGAAAAUCAGGUGCAGCCAGUCAGGACUGCUGAGGUGAAAGUGGCUGCUGAAGAUCCACUGCUCAUCAGAGACAAAAGCCCCCCUCCUGCCCAGAGCGAGCCGCCCCAUUGGGGCACACUGUCGCUGUUCAGUGGUAUGGAGCUGGUGACCAAAGGGAGGCCGCUGCUUGAAAGACAAACAUCCCAAACAGAGUCGGACAAAGUAGACGACAUCUUAAGGGAGAACCAAACUGACUGUUCGGUGAACUCAUCUACAACUUGCGUAGAACCCACCGAGGACGCUCCCUCAAAUUGCAAUUCCGUUGCAUCUAAUAGCAGUCAGACAGUAUCAGCUUUCUCAUUUCUCAACUUUUGACCGCUGACCAACUUUUUUUAGAGCUGCAAACUUUAAACCAAUGAUGUCAUUAUGUUUAUCCUUCGAGAAAUCUAUUUAACAAAGAAAGAUCGGACCUGUUAAGUCGUCACUAUAUGUAGAAAGCAGAUUUAGAUUCUGUUUGGUUUUUCGGUUAUCUGUGUGCCUCCUCAGAAGCUGGUUUUAAGCAGCCAAAUGGGUAAAGAGAGAUUUAGGACUCCUUAAUGUCGUCCUUUUAAACUGCAAACGAAAGCAAUCCGCAAUCCCCAAAACUGUCAUUUCAGUGGCUAUGUUGUUAGUUGGCUGAGGUUUAAUUUCUCAACAGUGUUUCAUGAGUAUAGUUGUCAUGAAUUAGAGGUUAUUAUUCUGUUUUACAAAGUCAGAGAACAGUAACUACGGAAGCAGCGAGAAAAAGGAUUUGAAGGCUUUUAUCCCAAACUGUACUCAUCGUGGUGUAAAACCUCAACUUUAAGCUCCUUAAGGCUGAUUAUUAAUCGCCACUGACUUUUCACAAAGCCUAAAAAAGAAUUUAAUACAAUUAUUAAUUUAAAGAAUUCAAGCAAAACAUGGUGUCGUUAAGAAGUUUUUAUAAGAAUCAAGUGAAUUUGACUGUAGUCAGAGGCGGCUAGUUUGUCUCUCUGUUCUUCUUAUUUGCAAACCAAUUUACUAAAAUGUUGUGGAGCCAGUAGUGGAAUGUAACUAAGUACAUUUACUCAAGUACUGUACUUAGGUACAAACUAGAGAUACUUGUACUUGACUUGAGUCUUUUAAAGACGCUUUCUACUUCUCCUUCACUGCAUUUCAGAGUGAAGUGUUCAACUUUAUACUUCACUACAUUUGUGUUUUAAUUAGUAAUAGAGCUUUCAUUACUUUGCAGUAACUUAACAUAUGAAGAGAUGUUUUGUUAUUUAAAUGUCCAACAGGUUGUACAAGUACAGCUGAAUUGAAACCAUUAGUCAUUCAGUGGACGAGUUCAUUUCAUAAACCAACGAUCAAUCGAUUGAUUAAGAAAAUAAUUAGCAGCAUUAAUCCCUGAUGAAAGUAAUCAUUAGUUUCAGUCCUGUACAG